UCGACCUUUUUGACUUCGCAACAGGAAGGGCUUCUCGUUUCCGUUCUCUCUCCCAAGUCCUCUUAACAAUUUUCAUUACUUCCAUUUCAACAACUUUCUCAAUCUCAGGCAGAGCAGAAGAGAUACAAAGCUUACCGAUAAUGUCCAAGAACGACGAGCCGGUCGUCGGAAUUCCUCUCUACGACGGCAACAACCCCUAUCAGGCCGGCCAGAUCCCUUCCAACGCCAUUUUUGGCGAUCCCCAGGGCGUUCCUAUCCAGCAAACCAUGUAUCGCGACACUCCUGCUCCUUUCUACUGUGUUUAUUGUGGAAACUCCGGCCUCACCGACGUCAGAUCAAAGAUAAGUUCAGCUGCUGUCGUUGGUUGCAUGACGCCAUUUUUGUUGGGAGUAUGCUUUCUUUUUCCUUCAAUGGACUGCCUUUGGCAUAAGUAUCACUAUUGCCCCUCCUGCAAGGAAAAGGUUGGUGAUUUUGAGAAAAUGGAUAGGUGUGCUGUGAUGGAUCCUCCAAACUGGACACAGCCAAGCUUCGCAUUGCCUGCUUGAUUUUGAUGAGCUGCUAUUUUUCCGCGUGGUCAUUUUGCAUCGUCUGCAGUCAGUACUUGCAAUACUCGUGCUAUUUUUGUGAUGUUCUUGUUACACUUAGGGAUAGGCAUACUGUGGAUAUUGCUGCACAUAUACAAUUGUGAUAGAACCAAGUACAUGGUUUUUUCUUUUAUAUCUUACUGCUUGUAAAUACCUUGUUCUUACAUUGGCAUUGCUGUUUAUAUACAAUACUGCUAGCCCAAUUUGGACGAAUCAUUUCAUAGACCUCUUGAUCU